CAUGACCACGCCUGUCGAAUUCGUCACGUAAGUGACGUCACAGCCAAACACUCGCGAGAUCUUCCCCAGUGUGGGAACACAGUGUGGUUGUGUGCGCGACGAAGACAAGGAAAGAUGGCGACGCAGGAGAGCCAAGCGACCAAAGAAGCCGUCAGCAAUGGCGAGGUGAGCAGUAAUGGAAGUGCUGCAACUACAGACAGUCAGACACUGCAGACAACUGGAAAUGCAAAUGAGCAGCAGCAACAGCAGCAGCAACAACAAGCACCUAAUGCCUGGCAGGUUAUUAAAGGGGUCCUCUUCAGAAUCUUUAUAAUCUGGGCCAUCAGUAGCUGGUUUCGUCGAGGAUCAUCCACUCCAGACCCCAACACACCAGCCGGGGCACCCAGAGUACCCAGCAGGAACCUGUUUCCAAAGGACACUCUCAUGGAACUGUACGUGUACAUCUCUCAGGAGGAGGUGUUCACCGACUUCAACAACACAGAAGCUCUGUUUUGGUUCCACCGGGACCUGGUCUACGGAGACUGGACCACAGGGGAGGAAGGAGAUGGCUGCUAUGAACAGUACAAGGAGAUAGAUAUCCCAGAGGCGGUGCAGCAGAACGGCUCCCUCUAUAUUCACGUCUACUUCACAAAAAGUGGAUUGCACCCAGACCCUAAGCGCAAAGGGCAGUAUCGCAGACUGUCAACAGUUCAUGCAACACGAAUGCUGAACAAAUUUAAGCGGAGGAAGUUUAUGAAGACCAAGAAUCUGCUCACAGGUGAAACAGAAGCAGAUCCAGAGAUGAUAAAGCGGGCAGAGAGCCACGGUCCAGUGGAGAUCAUCUCUCACUGGCACCCUAACCUCACCAUCAACAUGGUGGACGACCACACAGCCUGGGUCAAAGGCUCCGUGCCGGCUCCGCUGGACCAGCAUGUGAAAUUUGAUGCGGUAAGUGGCGACUACUACCCUAUAGUGUACUUCAAUGACUACUGGAACCUUCAGAAGGACUACUAUCCCAUCAACGAGACCUUGACCAAACUGCCGCUGCGCCUCAGCUAUUGCCCACUGUCCUUGUGGCGCUGGCAGCUCUAUGCUGCCCAGAAUGCUCGUUCACUGUGGAACUUCCUGCCCGAGGACACCUAUGAACAGUCUGAUGAGGAUCAAGACUCUGUGAAGGUAGCCUUGUUGGAAACCAACCCCUACCUCCUGGGACUCACCAUCGUCGUCUCCAUCGUGCACAGCAUCUUUGAAUUUCUUGCCUUUAAGAAUGACAUCCAGUUUUGGAACAGUCGACAGUCUUUGGAAGGCCUCUCUGUGCGCUCCAUCAUUUUUGGAGUGUUCCAGUCACUGGUGGUGCUGCUGUACAUUCUCGACAACGAGACCAACUUUGUGGUGCAGGUCAGCGUCUUCAUUGGUCUUCUAAUUGACCUCUGGAAAAUCACAAAGGUGAUGGAUGUUAAGUUGGACAGAGAGAACAAAAUUGCAGGAGUCUUCCCCAGACUUGUUUUCAAAGACAAGUCCACAUAUGUGGAGUCUUCUACCAAAAUCUACGAUGACAUGGCCUUCAAGUACUUGUCUUGGUUACUCUACCCCCUGUUUGGCUGCUACGCUGUCUACAGUUUAUUGUAUGUCGAACACAAAGGCUGGUACUCCUGGGUACUCAGCAUGCUCUAUGGCUUCUUGCUAACCUUUGGUUUCAUAACGAUGACGCCGCAGCUAUUCAUCAACUACAAAAUGAAGUCGGUGGCCCACCUCCCGUGGAGGAUGCUCACCUACAAGGCUCUCAACACCUUUAUUGAUGACCUGUUUGCCUUUGUCAUCAAGAUGCCCAUGAUGUACAGGAUAGGAUGCCUCAGAGACGAUGUCGUCUUCUUCAUCUACCUUUAUCAGCGCUGGAUUUAUCGCGUGGACCCCAACAGGGUCAACGAAUAUGGCACCAGCGGAGUGGACCACCUCCAGAACAAGACACAAUCAGGUGAUGCUGCUGCAGAGAAACCAGCCGAGGAGAAGAAGAAAGAUUAAGCCCUGUUCGGCCUCACUCGGACAAAGCGGACUUGUGGAAUUAGGCAGGCGGGGACAGUCUGUCAUGGACAAUGGUGGGAGGGGGGGAGAAAAGAAAAAGAAAAAAAAUUGCAGUUCAACUGUACCCCUCUGAUUCCUGUGCCGACCCACAGAGAAUCAUCUUCUAUGUAGACUGGUACAUUUUUAUUUCUAUUCCCCGCCCUCUCGUUUUACAGUUCAAGUGAAGUAAAAACAAAACGUGAUGUACUGUAUUCUGUUUGGUUUUCCGAGGAUAACGGUGUCUUGAAAUACACGCUGGCAAGAUUUGCAGUUAUGUUUUUUCAUACAUGGAAGAAAGAAGACAUCUGCAACUUUUUCUUCUUUGUGUAAAAUUCCUUGUGAAUGUUUUUGAUUUCAUUCCACGUGAGUACCGUGUUGAUGUUGGAGGAAAACUGGAAAACCUCUGAAUGGAGCAGACGGGACAUCGGCAACAAGACAAGUAACUACUCUACUACCCUCGGUAACAAUUUUAAACAAAUUGUUCAUGUUCUAAACUGGAACCAAAAAAAAAGCCUUGUUUGUAUUAAUAUAAAUAUUAAUAUUGUCAA